AUGCUCCUCAUUCCGGCUCUCGCCCUCUUACUCCACGUCGUCAUGUACUGUAUCUGCGACGAAAUCACACCAUACUUCUACCACACCCUCCAGCGCUACCUCCGCCUCGACGACUCUGAGAUGUUCACCGCUGUCAUCUCCUUCGGCCUCGGCGUCGUGUUCGGCGUCGCCCUCGUGAUCAUGUUCCUGGUUGUCGUCAUCGGCCCUCGCGUUCGCCGCUUCAUGGGCGGCACGGACGUCGAGGCGGCCUACGGCGGCUACGGUCACUUCUUCGACGACACCCGCCGCAUCCGCCAGCGCCCGCGUCGCGUCCUCCCCGGCCGCCGCCGCGCCCGCUACGUCCGCCUCGCGCUGCACAGCACUGUCGUCACGUUCUCCGACGACGAGUCGCCCAGUGCGGUCCACGACUCGGUCCACUCGACCCAGCCCACUUCUGUCUUCAACGACCCCGCCGCCACGCCGUCCUCUGAGCACCUCCGCGCCUUCAACGAACGUCGUAGUGCUCAUUACCGCAUUCCACCCCCCUCCUACCGCCCUAUGUCGCUGGAUUCGGCGGCGCUGGAGGCGCUGUGUGUCUAG